AUCUCGAGACAGCAACAUAUCCCGGUCUAGAGCGCGUUUGAUGCUCAGCUUUUCUCGGCAUAUCGACACAAAAACACGUCAUAUCCCCCCCCGUCGUCUGUUAUUCCUUCAUCUUCGCUUUACAUAACAUUCGUUUGUGUACUUGUCCACAACCUCGGCCGCCACAAUGCCGGUUACCAGGACAAGAAACCCACGUUUGGUGACGAACGAGAAUGAUGAGAACAGCAACGCGCCGGUCCGCGUGACCAGGGCGAAGGCCGCAGCAACUAUGAACGUCGACGAACUUGCAAUGCCCACCAAGGUGCUGCAGACAAAGAAAACUACCACCAACGCUAACCCCGGGAAGAGGCGCGCCGCGCUUGGCGACGUCAGCAAUGUAACGAAGGUUGAGGCUGGAGAUACCAAGAAGCCGGUCGGCCGGACCGGUCUUGUGUCCAAGGCGGCCCAGCCCACCGGUGUCAAGAAGACCACGACGCGGUCGACCGUCACAUUAAAGGAUGCCAACAAGAAGCCGGAGGUAAAACGCUCAGGGCCCGGCUCAAUUGUCGCUCAGAAGCGCAAGACCCUGAGCACUGUGGCCGCCAACACUGUUUCCAAGGAGGCUACCCCAGAGGAGGACGAACCGAUCCGUAAGAAGGUUCACACGCUUGAGGACGACAAGAAAACCAAGACCGACGUGAAGCAAGAAGAGCCAGUGCUCAAAGAGGCCGCACCAUCACCAGCCCCUGUGACCGACGAGCCCCAGCCUCGUCCUCCGACCCCCGAGGCCGCAAGGAUCCUUGACAGCGAAGACCUUGAUGACCCGUUGAUGGUUGCCGAAUAUGCCAAUGACAUCUUCGAGUACCUCCGGGAUCUUGAGUGCCAAUCAAUACCCAACCCCCAGUACAUGGCGCAUCAAGACGACCUUGAGUGGAAGACGCGGGGAAUUCUUAUUGACUGGCUUGUCGAAGUCCACCUCCGCUUUCAUCUGCUUCCCGAAACAUUGUUUCUCGCCGUCAAUGUCGUCGACCGCUUCCUUUCCGAGAAGGUGGUUCAGCUCGACCGUCUUCAACUCGUUGGCAUCACUGCCAUGUUCAUUGCUUCUAAGUAUGAGGAAGUCCUCUCGCCCCACAUUGCCAACUUCCGUCAUAUCGCCGACGAUGGGUUCACCGAGGCCGAGAUUCUCAGCGCUGAGCGUUUUGUUCUGGCCACAUUGAACUAUGACCUCAGCUACCCGAACCCAAUGAAUUUCCUCCGCCGCAUCUCGAAGGCCGACAACUAUGACAUUCAAUCACGUACCAUCGGGAAGUAUCUUAUGGAGAUCAGCCUGUUGGACCACCGCCUCAUGGCAUACCGUCCCAGCCAUAUCGCCGCUGCUGCGAUGUACCUCUCCCGGUUGAUCCUCGACAGGGGUGAAUGGGACGAGACGCUUGAGUACUAUUCCGGCUAUACGGAAGAAGAGAUCCAACCAGUCGUUACAUUGAUGGUUGACUACAUGGCAAGACCUGUGAUUCAUGAGGCCUUCUUCAAGAAGUAUGCUAGCAAGAAGUUCUUGAAAGGUACGUUCACUUUGUGCCACCUAUUGCCAUACAUAAGACGUGUCUAACUCGAGCCGCAGCAUCAAUUUUGACCCGCCAAUGGUCAAAGAAGAACGCACACCUGUUCGGGAUCCAUGACAUCCACCUCACCCUCGAUGAAGUAUCGCCAUAGAAGCCUCGCUCUUGCCAUUAUGCAUUACACUAGGCAGCGUUGUGCCUCAUCUCUAUGCUGCGAAAUGUCAGGAUACCACGCUGUGGUAGGAUUCGCCGCCCUGACGAGACCUCACGAUU